AUGUUUAAUCUGGAGCGCCCGUUCACGGAGAGGGGCCACUUCUUCUCCUCCAUGGAGUACCAGCAGCAGCUGGAGGAGGAGGAGGGCUACCCGCUUCCCGGCGCCAACGGCACCUUCAACGACAGCGGUGCCGGGCAGGGCUGGGGCACGCCGUACCCGCUGCACACCACCGUCACCCUCAUCAGCCUGGCGGGCUUGCUCAUGCUCUUCACCGUCUUCGGCAACGUCCUGGUCAUCAUCGCUGUCUUCACCAGUCGGGCACUGAAGGCCCCCCAGAACCUCUUCCUGGUCUCCUUAGCCUCGGCUGACAUCCUGGUGGCCACGCUGGUCAUCCCCUUCUCCCUGGCAAAUGAGGUGAUGGGGUACUGGUACUUCGGCAAAGUCUGGUGUGAGAUCUACCUGGCCUUGGAUGUGCUGUUCUGCACCUCCUCCAUCGUGCACUUGUGUGCCAUCAGCCUGGACCGUUACUGGUCCAUCACGCAAGCCAUUGAGUAUAACCUGAAGCGUACCCCACGCCGCAUCAAGUGCAUCAUCUUCAUCGUCUGGGUCAUCUCAGCCGUCAUCUCCUUCCCACCGCUCAUCUCCAUCGAGAAGAAGAGCGGGCAGCAGGCUGACCAGGGGGUGGCAGGAUGCAAGAUCAACGAUGAGAAGUGGUACAUCAUCUCUUCUAGCAUCGGCUCCUUCUUUGCCCCCUGCCUCAUCAUGAUCCUGGUCUACAUGCGCAUCUACCAGAUAGCCAAGAGGCGAACCAGGGUACCGCUGAACAAGCGGGCAGAGCGCCCUGAGAAGAGGCAGAACGGCUUUGGCGGCAAAGAGGGCCGCCGACCACAGGAGGCCCUGCCAGCCACAGCCCAGCUCAAUGGGGAGAAGGCGGCAGGAGGCGGUGGUGGGCAGGAGGGAGAGGUCAACGGCAUAGACAUGGAGGAAACCUCUUCCUCUGAGCAUCAGGAGAACACCCAGUGUAAGAAGUCUGAGAGACCGUCAAGGGGAAAGACCAAGACUAAGCUCAGCCAGAUUAAGCCUGGGGACAGUUUGCCCAGGAAGGUGGAGGAGGAAAGGAACACCAAAGGGUCCCGGUGGAGGGGCAGGCAGAACCGGGAGAAGCGCUUCACCUUUGUGCUGGCAGUGGUGAUCGGGGUCUUUGUCAUCUGCUGGUUCCCCUUCUUCUUCACCUACACGCUGAUGGCUGUCUGCAAGAGCUGCUCUGUGCCCGACACCCUCUUCAAAUUCUUCUUCUGGUUCGGUUACUGCAAUAGCUCCUUGAACCCCGUCAUCUAUACCAUUUUCAACCACGACUUCAGACGGGCCUUCAAAAGGAUCCUCUGCAGGAUAGAGAGGAAAAGGAUUGUUUGA